UCUUCUUAAUUUUAUAAACUUUCAUUCAUCAACUAUGAACCUUCUUGUACUUGGGACGAUCUUCACCGUGCUGGGGCUGGGGCCCCUCGUCGACAGCACAGGGGUAGCGGGGCUCCGGGGGCUCAAGGACGACGAGACUCGCUGUGCUGCCCUGGUGCAGGCCGCACUGGCUGAGUACAGGAAACUUUACGAGGCGGGACUGAAAGACUCGCCCAAUAUUAUAGAUCUAAUAUUGGCAAGUUUGGGACUUGCCUCUAACGACACCGUGAAGACCGUAGAAAGGAAAGUCUUUGAUAAUAUCGAUGAAACGGGGCAUGAAACCGGAAAAAAGACAGUCGUUGAGAAGACGACUGAGACUGACGUAGCACCCAACGGAACUGUAUCAAAGACAUCGGAAACUAAGGUCGAUAUGGAUGAGGACGGUAAACAAAGUGGUGAAAAAUCUGUGACCGAAAGUGAAACCGUGACAGAACAGACUCCAGACAACGGAACCAUAGCACAAACGAUGGACGUUAAAAAGAUAAUGGACGAAGAGGGUAAUGAAAUAAAGGAGGAAGUUGUUAUUAAGAAGGAAUUAAUUGUACAACCUCCUACCAAUACGACUGAAGAAAAGCAGCAGGACAAUGAAGACGCAAAUUUUAUCAAAAGUAAAAACAAAACCGAAUUAAAACUUGGUGGCUCAGGAAAGAGCGCUGGACCUCAGAAAGCAGAACGAAAAGAGGAAAUAAAGGAGAUCCUGCCCGGCAAUACAACGAAUGAAGUUUUAGUUAAAGAAAAGAAAGAACAACUUUCUCCACAGGAAAGCACCAAGGUGACAUCCGUGGAAAGGAAGAAUGUUACAGAAAAGGGUGAUGGAAAAGAUGUCGAGAAAGAAACUGUAAUUCAAAAAGAAGUCGAAAGGAAUGUGUGUGAUAGCGACAUCAAAGAGGUUCGUAACGAAAAACACCUUAAUGAAACAAUUGAAGACUUGAAACACCAAGUUGAUGACGUGAAAAACAAGAUUAAGGAAGAAAAAGCAAAGGCUGAAGAAACAAAUGCUACGCGUAGCCCAAGCGUCGUAAAAGAACCAAGUGCUGCCCCUGUCAUUCAAGAGGGUAAAGUCGUUGAAAAGAUAGUCCCUGCUGUGACGCCGGCGAAGGUUGCUGAAAAGAUUCAUCCUACGGUAACGGAAGGAAAAGUCCCCGUUGUGACAAAAGAGAAGGUUGUAGAGCAGGCUGCCCCUUCGGUGACAGAGGAGAUCGUAAGUGUCUCUAAGGAGCAAGAAGUCCCUGUUGUGGCAGAAGAGAAGAAGGUUGUUGAAAAGAUUCAUCCUACGAUGACGGAAGGAAAAGUCCCGGUAGUCCCUCAACAGGAGGUUGUUGAAAUAGUUGCCUCAUCGCCGACAGAAGAAAAAGUUCCUGUUGUGACACAAGAAAGGGUUAUUGAGCAGAAUGCCCCACAACAAAUGGUUAUUGAACAGUCUGGCCCACAAGAAAGGGUUAUUGAAAAGGUUGCCCCAAAAGAAAGGGCUGUUGAACAGGCUGCCCCUACAGCGACAGAAGAGAUUGUCACUGUUUCUAAGGAGAAAGAAGAAGUCCCUGUUGUUGUAACAGAGGAAAAGGUUCCCGUUGUGACAAAUCAGACAGUUGUUGAAAAGAUUACUCCUUCCGUAACAGAAGAAAAAGUUGUCACUCAACGGAAGGUUGUUGAGAAGGGUGCCCCCUCUGUCCACGAAAGCGUAGUUUCCAUUCCAAAGAGGGAGGAAGGAGUAGUUGAAAGAAUUGCUCCUGUUGUAAGGAAAGCAAUUACAACAGAGUAGUGAUACCAGGUUGCUGUUUCUCUUAUCUAUUUCAU